AUGGAAGGCGGUGGUGUCGAUCGCUUUCCGCUCCUUCGUCUACCAGAAAAUGUGAAAAUGUUGACUGUCAAACACAUGGAUCUCCUUGAUGCAUUUCAAUUCUCAUUUUUGUCAAAACGAACCCUGCACCUAUUCCAACAACGGAUAUGGAAAACAACCAGUUUGAUAGUUCAAGUCUCCACAUCGAUAUCAUUAAUGGGACAGUGUUGGGAUGGCACAGCCUCGUUCAUAUAUCAAAUCAAAUUCCGAGAAUACGACGACAGAAAACAUUUUCUGGAUUCCAAAAACCUUAAUCCCACCUGCCAAGUAACUGGUUACCAUGCGUUGCUGGAUGUUCGUCCAUAUUUCCAAAUCAGACGACACGGAUAUGGGUUUCAGGACUAUCUCAAUCACUUUCUAAUCCUUUCCGAAACCCCGAAAAUCGAGAGAUUGGUUUUUAAGGAAGAAGUACAAAAUCUUGAAAGGUUCCGGAGCAUAAUGCCUACAAUUCGUGAACUGGAAGUCUGCGAUCAGUUCCCUGAUAACUCGAUUCAAGACCUUUUGAGACUAGGAGCCAACCGGAGACUUGAGCAUUUGGAACUUCGGAUCAUGAAUUCCCCAAAACUGGAGAAGGGGCGCAUUUGGAAGGGAAUCAAGUAUGAUGGUGUGCCCGAGGACGUUCGAAGAGAGUUUCAAUAUGCAUUGAAUAUGCGGACGACAACUUAUGGCGGAUUUGAUAUCAAAAGGAAGGAUGGGACAUUGGCGGUUAUUCGUACUGAUGAACAUACACGCUUUGAAAUGUUUGUAAUUACUAAGAAUAGUUAG